AAUAGUCCACACUGCUCCUGCCCAGACUCUGGCAUCUUCAGCUGUCUCAUUCCAGCGAGGCCCGGCCUCUAAACAACACUGAUAAUCUAGAUCAGAUGGAAAACAGCGGCGAGCUGCGGCAAUGAGCUUCAUGUUUAUACUGUGGGUCUUUAUCCAAAUGUCUACAGGGAAGAAAAACUAACAGGAACAGGACGGCCACAGCGACUUGUCAAAUUUUCCGUCCAAGAACAGCAAGUAUUUGGGGAGGUUAUGUGUCAAGUUGCUGAAUGCCAUUUGUGAUGAUUGCACGACAACACCACAGUGAAACAUGCAGCUAUGAGGCCAGAGGAGGAGCCAGAGUAUCAGACACCACCCACCUGCGAUCUGCUCAGCCUUCUGCUGAGAAACAGACGCCCCACUGGAGCUGUCAAUGAGGUUUGGCCCAACCUCUACAUCGGAGAUGCGGCCACAGCUCAGGAUAAAUCCCUGCUAGUGAAUCUGAGGAUAACACACGUGGUGAACGCCGCAGACGGAGUCCAGCACAUCGACACUGGACCACUUUUCUACUCAGACACCAACAUUCUGUAUCACGGCGUAGAAGCAGCAGACUGUAAAGAUUUUGACUUGGGCCCAUUUUUCACAGAGACGGCCGAAUUCAUUCAUGGUGCUCUGAGUCACAAAGGUAAAGUGCUCGUCCACUGUGCGCGAGGAAUCAGCCGCUCUGCGACUCUCGUGUUGGCUUUCCUCAUGAUCAAAGAGAGACUCACCCUCAUUGACGCAGUACGGACCGUUCGCCAGCACAGGAACGUUCUGCCAAAUGUUGGAUUUCUCAACCAGCUCCGUCACCUGGACUCAUCCUUGGCUCUGCAGCGGAGAACAACGUGAUAUGGAGAUGUGGAGAGAAGGUUCCUCUCAUGUCAGUGUUGAGAUCAUACCAAAGAAUCCGGAUUUGACUAUAUCUAUAUCAUGCACUUCAACAGCAGAUGCAUUUGACAAUGAAAGUUAUACAGAAUAUUUCCAGUGGAUUAAAGAGCUUUUUCUAAUAAAUUUUCAGAUGAAUCUUGCUGUUCUUAAAUGGAUAUAAGGACAUGUCUACUACAUCUGCUGAAACACAGCUUAAAGUAACAAGUAACUUUUUCCACAGCUUUAAAAUGAUGUCUAUGACUCACUGACUUGUAACAGGAAGAAUAGAUUUUUUAAAAAUACCCUCUCUGCACCUGAAAAUCUGUCCGUGGAAGUUUUUUGAGUUGGAAUAGUCACAGAGAUUCAGGUCGAGCGAGUUCACGAGUAAUGCUGAACUGGGCUCGGUGAAAAAAAGGAAAAAUAAAAUGCUGAAGAC